GUUCCUCACCGGUCUGAUUUUGAUGUUACACCUCACACUUUCACGUGUAGCGCAAACUUCCGCUUAGAGUGUUUUUCACUUGGCUACGGCGUGUGUGAUGGUUUCCUAAAUUAUAUGAUAUUAUUCACAUUUGCGGUUUAUUACCAUCACAACUAAUAAGAGAAAUGCUGCAGGAGGUGUUUGGGGAAAUGACUCCCCAGCAGCUCGCUGCUCCCGUCGACACUGUGGAGGAAAAGUGGAAGCUGCUUCCAGCCUUUUUGAAGGUGAAAGGCUUAGUUAAGCAGCACAUCGAUUCCUUCAAUUACUUCAUCAAUGUUGAGAUAAAAAAGAUCAUGAAGGCGAACGAGAAGAUCACAAGUGAUGCUGAUCCAAUGUGGUAUCUGAAGUAUCUCAAUAUCUAUGUUGGCAUGCCUGAUGUAGAAGAAAGCUUUAAUGUAACCAGACCAGUGUCACCACAUGAGUGUCGUCUGAGAGAUAUGACGUAUUCAGCCCCCAUCACUGUGGACAUAGAGUACACCCGAGGCAGCCAGAGAAUUAUUCGCAAUGCUCUCCCAAUCGGAAGGAUGCCAAUAAUGCUGCGAAGCUCCAACUGUGUAUUGACAGGAAAGACACCGAUGGAGUUCUCGAAGCUUAAUGAAUGUCCUCUGGAUCCAGGUGGUUAUUUCAUUGUGAAAGGGCAAGAAAAGGUCAUUCUCAUUCAGGAACAGUUAUCCAAGAACCGCAUCAUCGUGGAGCAAGAUCGCAAAGGUGCUGUGGGAGCCUCGGUCACCAGUUCUACUCAUGAGAAAAAGAGCAGAACCAACAUGAUUGUGAAAAAGGGCCGCUUUUACCUGAAGCACAACACCCUCUCUGAAGAUGCACCUAUUGCUAUUAUCUUUAAGGCCAUGGGAGUGGAGAGCGAUCAGGAGAUAGUUCAGAUGAUUGGUACGGAGGAACAUGUCAUGGCUGCAUUCGCUCCCAGUUUGGAGGAAUGUCAGAAGGCCCAAAUAUUCACCCAAACUCAGGCACUUAAAUACAUUGGUAAUAAAGUGAGGCGUCAGCGCAUGUGGGGCGGCCCAAAGAAAACCAAGAUGGAAGAGGCCAGAGAGCUGUUAGCCUCUACUGUCCUCACCCAUGUACCUGUUAAAGAGUUUAACUUUCGAGCUAAGUGUAUCUACCUCGCUGUGAUGGUGCGUAGAGUGAUUCUCGCUCAAGGGGACAACAAAGUGGAUGAUCGUGAUUACUAUGGAAACAAACGUCUGGAGUUGGCUGGCCAGCUCCUGUCUCUGCUGUUUGAGGAUCUGUUUAAGAAGUUUAACUCGGAGCUGAAGAAGAUCGCUGACCAGAUCAUCCCCAAACAGAGAGCAGCUCAGUUUGAUGUGGUGAAGCACAUGAGACAGGACCAGAUCACUAACGGCAUGGUUAAUGCCAUCUCUACUGGGAACUGGUCCCUAAAGAGGUUUAAGAUGGACAGGCAGGGUGUGACUCAGGUUCUCUCCCGCCUCUCCUUCAUCUCAGCCCUGGGCAUGAUGACCAGGAUCUCCUCUCAGUUUGAGAAAACCAGGAAGGUUAGCGGUCCCCGCUCCCUCCAGCCCUCCCAGUGGGGCAUGCUGUGCCCCUCAGACACACCUGAAGGAGAGGCUUGUGGUCUGGUUAAAAAUCUGGCUCUGAUGACCCACAUAACUACUGACAUGGAGGACGGCCCCAUCGUCAAGCUGGCCUUCAACCUGGGAGUGGAGGACAUCAACCUUCUGUGUGGAGAGGAGUUGUCCUACCCCACUGUCUUCCUCGUCUUCCUCAACGGUAACAUUCUUGGAGUGAUCAGAGACCAUCAGAAGUUGGUCUAUACCUUCAGACUCAUGCGUAGAGCAGGUUUUAUAAACGAGUUUGUGUCCAUUUCAACCAAUUUGACCGACCGCUGUGUGUAUAUUUCUUCUGAUGGGGGCCGUUUGUGCAGACCCUACAUCAUUGUAAAGAAUGGACAGCCAGCUGUGAAGAACAAACACAUUGAGGAAUUGUCUCAGGGCUACAGAACGUUUGAGGACUUCCUUCAUGAGAGUCUGGUGGAGUAUUUGGAUGUAAAUGAAGAAAAUGACUGUAACAUUGCUUUAUAUGAGCAUAUGAUCACCGAGGGCACGACCCAUUUGGAGAUCGAACCGUUCACGCUGCUGGGGGUCUGUGCUGGUUUGAUUCCUUACCCUCAUCAUAACCAGUCCCCCAGAAACACCUACCAGUGUGCUAUGGGCAAGCAGGCUAUGGGUACUAUUGGUUAUAACCAGAGGAACCGAAUAGACACCCUGAUGUACCUGCUAGCGUACCCACAGAGGCCUAUGGUGAAGACGAAGACCAUCGAGCUGAUUGACUUUGAGAAGCUGCCCGCAGGCCAGAAUGCUACUGUGGCUGUAAUGAGCUACAGUGGCUAUGAUAUAGAAGACGCCCUGGUGCUCAACAAGGCCUCUCUUGACAGAGGCUUUGGUAGAUGUCUAGUGUACAAGAACGCUAAGUGCACCUUAAGGCGGUACACUAACCAGACCUUCGACAAAGUGAUGGGUCCAAUGUUGGAUGCGGAAACACGCAAGCCCAUUUGGAGACACAGCAUCCUGGAUGCUGAUGGCAUCUGCUCGCCUGGUGAGAGGGUUGAAAACAAGCAGGUGCUGGUGAAUAAGUCAAUGCCAACCAUCACCCAAACGCCACUGGAGGGCAGUGCCCAACCAGGCCAACCACAAUACAAAGACGUGCCAGUCACGUACAAAGGAGCGACAGACUCCUACAUUGAGAAGGUGAUGAUCUCCUCCAAUGCUGAGGACGCCUUCUUGAUCAAGAUCCUGCUCAGGCAAACACGUAUACCAGAGAUCGGAGACAAGUUCAGCAGUCGACAUGGACAGAAAGGUGUGUGUGGAUUGAUUGUUCCUCAAGAGGACAUGCCCUUCUGUGACUCGGGAAUCUGCCCUGACAUCAUCAUGAACCCUCAUGGUUAUCCCUCCAGAAUGACUCCAUGUAAUAAGCAGGAUAAAGUACUAAAGCUGGCUAUUUUGCAGGAACCUCUGGAAGCCUACAUCUACUUUGGUCCAGUCUAUUAUCAGAAACUGAAGCACAUGGUGCUGGAUAAAAUGCAUGCCAGAGCACGUGGUCCGAGAGCAGUACUCACUAGGCAGCCCACAGAGGGUCGUUCCAGGGAUGGUGGUCUCCGUCUGGGAGAGAUGGAACGAGACUGUCUCAUUGGCUAUGGAGCCAGCAUGCUGCUGCUUGAGCGACUGAUGAUCUCCAGUGAUGCUUUUGAGGUGGACGUGUGUGACCAAUGUGGCUUGCUGGGAUAUUCAGGAUGGUGUCAUUACUGCAAGUCUUCAUGCCAUGUGUCGUCUCUACGAAUUCCAUAUGCCUGCAAACUGCUCUUCCAAGAGCUGCAAUCCAUGAACAUCAUCCCUCGCCUCAAACUGGCUCGAUACAACGAGUGAAGGCGAGUGAUUACAGCAAUUCGCCAAAGCUUUACACACAGAGGAGUGAUACAGUAUUAUUAAGGACUGCAUAAAACAUUUGUUUAAGCCUCACUUGAAACAUGUUCAU